AUGUCAGCCCCGCCGACCUCCUUCACUGCCCUGCUGCAGGACCCAACAACCGUCACCUCGCUAGCGUCGACCGUCGCCAUCCUGCUCGCCGCGCUGGCCCUCUCCCGGCGCGUGCUCGACCCGGUCUCAACUCCGCCGCGGCUGCGUGCGCUCUUUGUCUGGCACGCCUUUGACGCGCUGAUCCAUUUCAUCCUCGAGGGCGGGUUUGUGUACCACUGCCUGUUUUCGUCGGCCCCGGUCGCCGCCCUGAAGCAGCGGCAGGCCGGCGAAGCCUACUACUGGCCCGAUCCCGAAAACUUUCUGGGCUCCGGACUGGGCCCGGGAGUGGUGGCCCAUGGCUCGCAGGCUGCCGUGGACGAGAGCCCGCUGGCGAAGCUGUGGAUGGUGUACGCUAAGGCGGAUAGGCGGUGGGGUGGGGUUGAUCUGACCGUUCUCAGCCUUGAGAUGCUUACGGUGGUGUUUGCCGGGUCUAUGGCGUGCCUUGCUUGUUAUGACAUUGCGAGGAAAAGCCCGAGGGCGAAUUUGGUCAUGAUCAUUCUGGCAACGGCGGAGAUCUAUGGCGGCUACAUGACUUUCAUGCCGGAAUGGCUUACUGGGAAUGUCAACCUCGACACGAGCAACUUCAUGUAUAAGUGGGUCUUCUUGAUUUUCUUUAAUGGGCUAUGGGUUGUCGUCCCGUUAUAUGCAAUCUAUGUCGCUGUCGAUGAUAUCUACGACGCAUUCAAGGCGCGAGCCACUGCUUUGGGGGAGAAGAAGGCCAAAUGA